ACAUUAUUAAAGUAAGUGACCCAACCCUGGACAUCAUGUAUGAAAUCUUCACACUGGUUUUAUUCAGAGUGACAGAGAAAUGGACAGAAGAGGAGAGACUGAAAAUGAAGGAUUCUGCUCUGCUGACCGAGUUACAAGGACUGACCAAACUUCUUAAAGACAAAGAGAGUCUUUUAAUGGAGAGAAAUGCAGAACUGAUGGAAAAAGACAAACAAAUCCAAGAGAAAGAAAAACGUCUGACAAAAACAACAGAGACACUUCAGAUGAAGGACAAGAUGCUGGAAGAGAAAGACAGACAUCUCAGUGAGGUGAAAGAUGAGCUGAAGCAAACAAAGAAAUUAGAGGAGAAUCACAGAAAACACAUGGAAGAAAUGGAGAAAAGACUUGUGGAGAAAGAUGAAGAAUUAAAAGAGACAAAACAAGAACUGAAAAGAUAAAAACACGAUUAUAA